AUGAACGAUCAAAAAGUAACUUCGACUAUGUAUUUUUCAACCACAGAAGAAAGUGAGUCCUGCUUUGUCCAACCCAAACCCCAUACAUUGGGAAGAGAAUCUGCUAUUUAUGACAAGGCACAAAAGGAAAGCCUUCCUCCAUUAGAGAAACUCAAGAUUUCAGCAGCGUCUACAGCUAAUGGUGUUAAAUCCCUUCAUGAUCAGCCCUUGGCAAAGGAUGCUGCAGACCCGCUGGGAUCCACAGAGAAGAUUCAGCCUUUAGAGGGACCCCAGGAGUCUGGGCCACUUCAGCAAGAUGGCAAAGAUGAAACUCCAGGAGCAGGAGGACAGAAAGAUGUGGAAGCAGUGACAGAGGCCCAGCCUUUAGAAGGAAAUGCCGAGACGGAACCUUUAGGAACAGAAGCCAGGCAUCAGCCUUUGAGGACAGCUGGCGAGAGGGACUCCCCUGGAGCCGUAGGAGACACCGAGACUCCACAGACUGCCAGAGAGAUGAAACCUCUAAGAAGAGCUGGAAAAAUCCCACCUCUGGAAGCAGGUAGAGAGUCACAACCUCCAGCAAAGCCCCAACUCCUAGACACCGUUCCCACGGAGACUGAAGCUCCAGAAAUAUUGGAAGGACGUCAGCCUGUUGAAACAGCCGAGGAACAUCAACUUCAAGAAACACUGGGGAGGGAUGAGCAAUCCCAACUUCUAGAAACAAUGUCCAAAGGGAAAGGAUUUCUGGAAAUAUCGGAAGGAAGUCAGCUUGUGGAAGCAGCUGUAAAGAACGAUUUGAUUCCUAAAACUCCUGAAGGCCUGGUAAACAUGGAGCAGAUUCAACCUGAAGGAAUAGUCGGAAGCGUGGAGCGUCCAGCAGGAACUCUGGAAACAGGGACAAACAUGGCAAUGGUCAGGAAAGUUCACACCAAAAAGGUGGACCACAACAUUGAAGGUGAGACAGGCGAAGAGGUUGGAACAGAGAUGGAGAAAGUAAGUGAAAGAGCUGAAACAAAAGGAGAAGAAACAGGAGGAGCUGUGGAUCUUCCAGCAGCCACCUAGAUAGGUAUGGUGAUGGAAGGGUGAAUGGACACAG